AUGAUUCUUUCGAAUCCAAAAAUUGAUUAUACAUCAGUUCGUCGUAUACCAAACGUUAAAUUGAGUGAACAAACACCAGAACCAGCAACAACAACAACGACAAAUACAAUGUCUACUUCAACAUCAUUGCAAGAUAUUAGUGCACAUCAUACACAAAAAUUUACUUGGAAUGAUAAUAACAAUGACAAUAAUCGUAAAGAUCAACGAUUAGUUAACUAUUACGAAAGAUUAUUGUCAUCAAAUAGUAGUCGACAAUUAAAUUCAUCUCACAGUGAUGAACGUAUCUUUGAGCAUCCUGAAGUAACUAUAAAAUCAUCAGCUCUUGAUGAUGAAAUACAACGACGUUUAUUAACAAUAAAAACUUCGAAUACAAAUGAAAAUUUUCUUGAAAGUGAAGGUGGAAAAAGUAUACCAAAUACACUUGAACAUCCGGAUAUGCGUUCACCUGUUGUCAUGCAACCGCAACAAAUGUCUUCAUCAUACUCAUCGUCAGCAUUACUAAUUCAAAAUAAUUGUAAAAAAAUUAAUAGAACACAGUCAGGUAAAACAUAUAAUUUGGAAAUAGCAAAAUCAUUUUUAACAAAAAAUUUACAUCCUUUUUUCACAGCUGACGUUUCUACAAAUGUAGCUCGAACACCAUCACCAAAUAUCCCUAUUGAAGUUUUCCUUGAUGACCAACAAGAUUUAAGUCGAUCUAACUCGCCUGGUCCACUUUUUGGUGAUAUUAUUGAAAGUUUAGAACAAGAGAAAAAUCAAGAUCCUCAUUCAUCAUCAUCAUUGGCGGCAACAGAUUCUCUUCAUGAAUAUUCUGAAUCAAGCUCAAAAUCGAAUAUUAAUACAAUUGAAACAGAGAAAAAGGAUUGUUGGUGA